AUACAUCCGUACACACAUUAUAUACACACAUAAAUAUAGUGCGUAUUUUUAUUUUCAUAUCGUUACUUUGUUAUUAAGAAUAAAAAUAAAAGAGAUAGAAAAAAAGAAGAAAAAAGAAAAAAAAAAGAAAAAAGAAAAAGAGUUAACCUUUUGUAAUCUGAUAUAUUCAUCUCGACCAUCAUCUCCUUCAGUUCCGCCAUUUUAUAUUCGCUCAAAGCAACUCGUUUUCGCAUUUGUAUCGUUUCGAGAUUGCUUUCCAUUCGUUGAAUAUGAAUUUGAUUUUCUAGAAGUUCGGUUUCUAAUAAAAACAUUUCGGUCUCCUGGGCUCUCAAUAUAUUUAAUCUUCUUAAAUGUUCUUCCUCGGCGAAAAUUUGUUCCGUGAAUUGUUGCGAACGAUAAUCUGUUCUUACAUAAUGAUCAUCUUCUCUUAUAUCGGUCUCCCUUCUUCUAUUGAAACGUACUGAAAAAAGAAAAAGGAAAAAGAAAAAAAAGAAAAGAAAAUGCAAAUAUAAAAAAAGAAAGAAAAACAAAAAAAAAUAUAUAUAUAUAUGUAUGUAAGGAAACAAAGGAAAGUAUAAAAAUAAAAGAUAAGAAAAUGAAAAAUGAAAAACAAAUAUGGAGUAACAAUAUAUGAGAAAUGUUAUAUGUCUAUGUUUUAUGUGUGUGUACGUAUACUGCAUCGUCAUCGAAGAGAAUGAUCACCAAUGAUGCAUCAUUCGUACAGUUUUAAAGCAACAAAUUUGAGGAAUGGAUGAUGUCACUGCGAGAACUAUUCGACAUUUCAUAGCCUUCUUUUUUUGUUUUCGAACAAAAAACAAUCGGAAGUCAAAAUUGGACAUCUCAUCAAUUGAUUUUUUAUAUUUUGCUGUUCAUUCAACGAUUAGAACAUUAAAAUGCAAACUAAAAUCAAGUAUUCGAGUGCGUCAGAAAAUCCUGAAAAAAACUUCAAUUUGAUGUGGAAAAAUAUAUCUUUUGCCGUGAAAAAGAAAAUAAAUCAAAAUUACUUAAAGAGUUUCCUCGGAUUAAACAGAUUUGAAUAUAUUCGUAUUUUGAAUGGAGUAAAUGGUAUUGUUCAAUCUGGAACAUUGAUGGCUAUCAUGGGUCCGAGCGGAGCUGGAAAGACAACUCUCCUUGCGACGUUGAGUCAACGAAUAAAAGGCGAAAUCGAAGGUGAAAUUUUAUUGAACGGGAGAUCAAUUAAUAAGAAAGAAAUGAUUAAAAUAUCUGGUUAUGUGCCUCAACAGGAUCUUGUUGUUGAAUCAUUGACCAUUCAGGAACACAUGGAAUUUAUGGCAUGUAUGAGGAUGGAUCGAAGGUAUCAUGCAGGUUUAAGAAAAUUAAGAAUAUCUGCACUUUUGACGGAAUUGGCAUUGAUCAAUUGUGUUAAUUCAAAAUUGUCAGCAUUGUCUGGCGGCGAAAGGAAGAGAGUGUCCUUGGCAGUACAAUUAUUGACAGAACCCAGUAUUCUCUUUUGCGAUGAACCUACGACAGGUCUUGACAGUUAUGCAGCCAUGACAAUAGUGAAAACUCUUCAUAACGUUGCUACAAGGGGUAAAAUAGUUAUCUGUUCUAUACAUCAACCAGCUUCAGGUUUACUCGACAUUUUUCAUCAGCUUUUAUUAAUAUCCGCCAGUCGAGUUGCCUUUCAAGGCUCAAUAACCGACGCAACAAAUUUCUUUGAUAGCCUAAAUCUACACUGUCCACCAACUUACAAUAAUGCUGAGUUUUACGUGUCCCAAUUAUCUAUUAAACAUGAGAACGAGGAUGAGAAUUCUAAGAAGGUGAAAUGGAUCUGUGAUCGAUAUGAAAAAUCAAUUUACGGAGAAAAAGUUUUAUCUUUGAUCAGAAAUAACCACGAAUAUAUUAAAGAUAUUAAUAAUUUAUCAAUAAUAUUUUCUAACAAUGUAUUAUCGAAAAAUGAUUUUAAAAAGAUUAGAACAUUAACUCAAAUCGAAUGGUUACUUUGGCGAACUUACAUCGAUUACAAGAGAAAUCUCUUUUCUAUAUUGCUACGAUUUAUAGUUUAUUUGUUUAUAGGUAUUUUUAUAUCUUUACCAUACAUAAACUUAACCAAGGAAGUUGAUCAAAGUAGUAUACAAAAUAUGCAAGGUCUUAUUUAUCUAAUCGUAGUGGAAACAAUAUUCAUGUUUAAUUACGCAUAUUUUUAUACAUUCCCAAGUGAAUUGCCAUUACUUUUGCGUGAAAUGGCAGCGAGCUUAUACGAUCCAACAUCAUAUUACAUCAGUAAAGUUCUAAUUAUGUUUCCAGGUACCAUAUUUCAACCACUUUUAUAUGCCGGAAUGAUUUAUCUUAUCACCGGACUGAAAGGUGGAUUACUUGAUUUUUUUUAUUUCAUUAUACCAAUUAUUUUCUGUGCCUUUGCUGCUUCCGCUUUUGGACUCUUGAUGUCAGCAUCCUUUAAUUCAAUAGAGACAGCUUCUUUGGUGUCCGUACCAAUCGAUUUCCUAAAUCUCUUGUAUUCUGGCAUCUUCUUACAUCUUGGAAAUUUAUCACCACUAAUAUCAUGGUUAAAAUAUUUAUCAACAUUUUAUUAUGGUUUGGAAGCUGUUUCUUUGAUACAAUGGAAAAAAAUUGAUCACAUAGAUUGUUUAUCAGAUCCAGAAAUAUCUUGUAUCUCUACUGGGUUAGAAGUUCUUGAUAAAUAUGGCUACAUAAUCGAUCAUUAUUACAUUGAUUUAUUAGGUCUUUUAAUAAUAAGUCUUGUCUGCCAUUUUGUCAGUUUUUUGAUACUUCGUCGUAAAAGUCAAAAGGCACCGAUUUAUUAGAAAUUAUAUAUAUAUAUAUAUAUAUAUAUAUAUAUAUAUAUAUGUAUCAUCGUUGUAAAUUAUUUAUAAUAUAACAUUAAAUAAUAAUAACAAUUAUACAG